UUGUUUACCUUCCGCCGCUGGCCGCAGCUAAAAGCUACAGUGGACAUAACGGAGUAAUAACCUUCAUAUUUACAGUCUGUGGUAAUAAACAGGAGUGUAGUUUAAUAACCACAGAUUGAAGGGUAACAUGUGAAUUUAUGUUGGACUGUAACGAGUUAUUUUAAAACAGGAAUAUUAAAUUAAACGUUAAAAGUCCCCGAUGAGACGGUUAACACGGUGACUCUUCUAACUAAAGGUCUUUGUGAUGGCCGUCCUGAACCUGUCCUUUGCUGCAUGUGGGUUCUUGGGGAUCUACCACCUGGGGGCCGUGGGGGCCUUUCUCCGUCACGGCGGCCGGCUGGUGGGGUCCCUCAGGGCGUGUGCGGGGGCUUCGGCCGGGGCGCUGGUGGCAGCCUUGAUGGUCACAGCUCCUGAUAAAUUAGAGCACUGUAAAGAUUUCACGUUCAGGUUUGCAGAGAGCGUGCGGCGUCAGAGGUUUGGAGCCGUCACACCGGGAUACGACUUCAUGCUCACGCUGCGGGAGGGGAUUGAAGAGAUUCUGCCCGCCGACGCUCACAGUCUGGCCUCGGACCGCCUCCACGUCUCCAUCACACACUCCAAGAGCGGGAGGAACCACGUGGUGUCCAGGUUUACCUGCAGGGAGGAGCUCAUACAGGCUCUUCUGGCCAGCAGCUUUGUGCCCGUCUAUGCCGGACUCAGACCUGUGGAGUUCAAAGGAGAGAAAUGGAUCGAUGGAGGAUUCACCGACAGUCUGCCCAUCCUGCCCGUGGGACGAACCGUCACCGUGUCUCCUUUUGCUGGACUGCAGGAUGUGUGUCCUGUCCACAGGGGGCGCUACAACCAUCAGCUCAGACUGGCCAACAUGAACGUAAUGUUCUCCAUGGAAAACAUCAAACGUCUGAACCGGGCUCUUCCGCCGUCCAGCAGCGGCAUGACGUCUUACUACGAGGAAGGUUUCAGUGACGCUGUGAGGUUCAUGAAGAGAGAGGCCUGGAUGAGCUGACGCUGAGAGAAGACUUUUUUAAAGACGUUUUAAGAGUUUUAUUCUGCUGCGUGAUUUGAAGUGUUCUUAAUAAAACCAGAGGAUGCACCCGUG